AGCUGCCCUGCCCUCUCACGCACUCUGAUCACCCGCCAUUAAUGCGUGCUUGGAGCUCGCUCCAAGUCCAAGGAGAGUCUUCUAGUUGGUCGUUACGCACAUUUCCUCUUCUUCUAAUCGUUUGAUCAGCGUUCAUGGGCAAGAAGCUCGGCUUUGGCUCCUUCUUACUCAAGCUCCGGCACGCGCCGCCGCCGUGGCCCUCCUGCAGGGAGCCGAAGACGGAGUCCUUCCGGGACGCCUCCGUCUGCAAGACCGUCAAUUCGGUCCACUUCGAAUCCGCCGAGUCCUGCUUCACCCACUCGUCGACCUCGGAGGCGCGGAAGAGCUUCUCCGCGGCGUCGGAGGAGGCGGUGGUGCCGCUGCGGCCGGCCGACCGGAUCUUCUUCCGGCGGUCCGGGGAGACCAGUUCGAUUCUAGAGGAGGCGAAGCCGGUCUGCACCGGCGACGACUACAGCGACGCGCCGCCGCCGUUUGAAGGCGGCGUCGCGCUGGCCGUGAACUCCGAGGACCCCUACCGCGACUUCCGGCGGUCGAUGGAGGAGAUGGUGGCGGCGCACGGUCUCAGCGAUUGGCGCCGCCUCGAGGCCCUGCUGGUCUGGUACUUGAGUGUCAACCGGAAGAAGACGCAUGGGUUCAUCUUUGGGGCCUUCGCCGACUUGAUUGUGGCCCUCGCCUCUUCCCCUGCUUCCUCCUCCUCCAAUUCAUUUCAAGUUGCAGAAAUCAAGGAGCAUGAAUCAACCGAUUCCAAUCAAAUGCUUGUUUAAUCUGAAUAUCCAAGAGAUUGCGAAAUCUCCCUCCUCUCUUUCAUUCUCCCCUGCCUGUUCUAUUUCUGAGUUCGUUCAUUUUGAAGCAUUUCCAAUGUACAUUCUUGGGAUUCAAAGAAACUUCAUUUCCUGUAUGUAUGGAUAAUGGAGCUGACUAAACUCCAUGUUCCAUGCUUAUUAAGUGCAUCGCAUGAUCAUUAGUUAAGACAAAUGAGUAAUCCCAACAGAUGUGAGAAAUGAUAGACGUUAGGCAUGUCUCUUAAUAAUUCUAAUAUAGAAAUGCAAGUGGUUCGUAGAUAGUUUUGGAAACAACAGCUAUAGCUUCAACAGCAGGUCAUGACAGCAACUCACACUGUUCAUGGGGCUGAGGUUUCGCUGUGAGCCAUGCACAACAAGGCUGAUGCAUCAACAUC